UCAGAGUCAAGUGGUGGAAUAAUUAAUUUUACCCAGUGUUGUUGUUGGUUGAGCUACCCAGUGUCUAUCAAGAGAGGAAGGUUUAGGGAGAGCUUUGGUGCUUUUGCUUCGUCGCUUCGUCGCUUCGAUUCCACCCUGGGGUUUGCGUUCUUCAAAAUCCUAAUUCGAGAUCUUCUCGGAAAUCUGGGAUUGAUCGGCGAUGGCGGUGGGAGAUCAGACGGAGCAGAAUAACUUGCCGAAGAAGAAGAAAUCCGAAACGGAAGACGAUAAGAGGAGGAAGAACAUUGUUCCAGGGAGCUUGUUAAAAGCAGUGGUUAGACCUGGAGGAGGUGAUUCGAGCCCUGUUGAUGGUGAUCAGGUUAUCUAUCAUUGCACUGUACGGACAUUGGAUGGUGUAGUAGUGGAAUCGACGAGGUCAGAAUGUGGAGGGAGAGGUGUACCUAUAAGAGAUGUUUUGGGGAAGAGCAAAAUGAUCCUUGGAUUGCUCGAAGGAAUUCCCACUAUGCACAAGGGUGAAAUUGCUAUGUUCAAGAUGAAACCUGAAAUGCAUUAUGCAGAGAAGGAUUGUCCAGUCUCAGCUCCAGGGAAUUUUCCAGAAGAUGAUGAGCUUCAUUUUGAGACUGAAUUGUUGGAUUUUUUUAAAGCCAAGAUUGCAAGUGAAGAUCUGGGGGUCGUCAAGAAGAUUCUAAAUGAAGGUGAGGGAUGGGAAUCUCCAAGAGAACCUUAUGAAGUAAAAGCCAGGAUAUCUGCUAAAUCCGGUGACGGACAAGUGAUCUUCUCUCACACAGAAGAACCUUAUUUCUUCACGUUUGGAAAAUCUGAGGUGCCUAAAGGUCUUGAAAUUGGAAUGGGAACUAUGGCUCGGAAGGAGAAGGCAGUUAUAUAUGUUCGCAAGCAGUACCUGACUGACUCUCCUUUGAUGCAUAUCGAUCAAGACCUUGAAGAAGUUCAUUUUGAGGUUGAACUGGUCCAUUUCAUUCAGGUGCGUGACAUGCUUGGAGAUGGACGUCUCAUAAAACGUCGAAUUCAAGAUGGAAGAGGUGAGUUUCCCAUGGAUUGUCCACUCCAAGACAGCCGGUUAAGCGUUCACUACAAGGGCAUGCUUCUCAAUGAAGAGAAGUCUGUCUUCUAUGAUAGCAAGAUUGACAAUAAUGAUCAGCCGUUGGAGUUCAGUUCUGGAGAAGGAUUGGUCCCUGAGGGAUUUGAGAUGUGUACUCGUUUGAUGCUACCUGGGGAGAUUGCUCUUGUUACAUGCCCCCCUGAUUAUGCAUAUGACAAGUUUCCAAGACCACCUGGCGUUCCUGAAGGUGCACAUGUUCAGUGGGAGAUUGAGCUUCUUGGUUUUGAAACGCCAAGAGACUGGACUGGUUUGAACUUCCAAAGCAUCAUGGACGAGGCAGAAAAGAUCAGAAGCACGGGUAAUAGGCUUUUCAAAGAAGGAAAAUUUGAGCUCGCAAAAGCAAAGUACGAAAAGGUACUCAGGGAAUUUAAUCAUGUAAACCCGCAAGAUGACGAUGAAGGAAAAAUAUUUGGUGACACAAGGAAUAUGUUACAUCUGAAUGUUGCGGCAUGUUUGCUUAAAUUGGGAGAGUGGAGGAAGUCUAUAGAGACGUGCAAUAAGGUCUUAGAAGCAAAGCCAGGCCAUGUGAAAGGUCUCUACCGCCGCGGAAUGGCUUACAUUGCAGGUGGAGAGUAUGAUGACGCUAGAAAUGACUUUAAUAUGAUGAUCAAAGUGGACAAAUCAUCGGAAGCUGAUGCCACAGCUGCUCUGUUGAAAUUGAAGCAGAAGGAACAGGAAGCGGAAAACAAAGCUAGAAAGCAGUUCAAAGGAUUAUUCGACAAGAAACCGGGGGAGAUAACCGAAGUGGGUACAGAAAUAAGAGAGGAGUCUAAAACUAUAGAAGAAGUAGAUGAGACAAAGGAUAUUGAUGAAGACGAAAUACAGGAAGAAGAAGGAACGACAACGGUGAGCACGGAAAGGAAGAAGAAAGGGUGGCCUUUUCUGAAGAACGUGAUGCUACAAAUCGGAAUGCAGCUCGGUGUUGUUCUGAUAGGGAUUUUGAUAUUCCAGUUUGUGAAUGCUAAAUUUACAUGAGAGAGCUAAGCUAUGAAGGCAACCAACGGUACUUACAUCUCAUAUCAAAGGGUUUAUUACUUUAGACUCACUCAAGAGAAUAUAAAAUUGAUAUUUGUACCACUAAUCGAUUCUCUUACAUUCCUCCUUCACUGAUUGCUAUUUGUUUCCUUUGACAUUCAAAUCAUAUGAUUACUUAAUUAAUGAGAGGGUAAAUUAA